AUGUCGACUCAAUCACUACGCAUACCAACGGUGACAGAGGAUGACUUGCGACUCUUCCACGACAAGCAUUUUUCUGGUUUGAGCUCUGAACCCUCCAACAGGCACCACGAUGCUCAUGUAGAUCUCGAACAAGACUUUGACGAUGAUGGUCUUGGCUACUACUCCGACGGUGUCAAGCGUACACUCACCGAUGAUCAAAUUGCCAUGUUCAGACACAGUGAGAUCCAAACUCUUCUACGAGAGCGCAGGCGGAAACGCGAAAUUGCCGAAAGCGAAUCGAGCCAAAACGUGCCCAGCAAACUCACUCAGCCGGUAGGUGACAUGAGUACACCAGACACAGCCGAAGACUCUGUAAGCCAGCGCUCUGCAAGCACCUCAGAAUCCCAAGGCCUGGGUAAGCGAAAAUGGCAAAGGUUCAUCGAUACGUCAGAGACGAACCCAGAGUACUUGACUCACCGCAGAAUUGCCCGCGAGUUGGAUGAGCAAAAGGCAAGUUCUAUCGACCUGGCAUAUGGCGAUGAAGAAUCUACAUCUUCAGUUGUCGAGAAGCAACCAAAAGACCCUUCAAGUUCACAGACUCGUCGAAAGGAAGUCUCGUAUGAUGAGGCAAAUAAAUCUACACCAGCACAACCGCCCUCAAAACCUUCUCAAAAACCAAAGUUCAUCUGGCCAACACUGGGAGCUAAGGAUGAUUCGAAAAAUGGACCCACUGCAUAG